CUUAUUUUGCUCCUGUGCGCAUUGAUCGUCUAUAAAGAGGGCAAUAUCCAGGGGAGAGAUUUCUCAUCGGUGCAUUCAUUGGUGGCUUCGGCGACAGUCUGAAACAAUGGCGAAUCAGACUACAAAUAUUGCUCUUGGGACUGCAGUUUUUGGUAUUUUGGCCUUCAUUUUUGGUGUAAUUGCUGAAAAUAAAAAGCCGGAAAUUGGAACUCCAAUUAUGAUGAAAGGCUAUGUGCUGUGCAAAUUUCCUAAUGAUCCAACAGUUGCAUUAGGAGCCUUAUCUAUUGUGGCACUUGCAAUAUCUGCUGCCAUUGGGCUCCUUUCUGUGUUCUUCCCUUACAAAGGAAAGUCCGUUCCGAAAAGCACUCUUUUCCACGGCAUGACGAUGCGCGUAUUCUUCGUCGUUGCUGUCGUGGUCUCAAUUUUCGCAGAGGCGAUGUUGUUGUGGGCGACCAUAACCGAAGGUCUUCACCGCGCCCUCAACAAACACGAUGACAUGGACUAUACAUGUCCGACUGCCAAGACCGGACUCUUCGGCGGCGCCGCCUUCCUGGCCCUCGACGCCUCUCUCUUCUGGCUCGUCUCCCAGAUGCUAACGAUGAACGCUCGAUCCGAUUACUUGGAAGAAGAUGAUCCAAAAGGAUCUUAUGGAGAGGUUCUCACUGCUGACUAUGAAGCUAAUUCUGCAGGUCGUCCAUGAUUCUGAAAUCAUAAAUAUAGUAAUAUUAAAACUGCUUCAGGAUGCAAUUAAUUCUGUUGUUGUGGAUAUAUUUGAACUCUCUUUUUUUUUCAAAUUUCGUUGUGGGUGAAAGUCUUAAAACGUUUAUGUUUCUGUUUUUUAAAGAAUAUUACGAUAUGAAAUUUCUUAAAAGUUUGUAGCA